AUGCUUUUCUUCAAAUUACUGUCCUCUAUGUUUCUAGCUAGUCUGACCGCAUCCACACCUUUUAAUCCUGUUUCGUCUCUGCACAAGCGGUGCACAAAUAGCGCUGAUGAUCGCUCAUGCUGGGGAGAUUAUGAUAUCUCGACUAAUUACUACGACGAAAGCCCAGAUACAGGCGUCGUCCGCGAGUAUUGGUGGGAAAUCGUAAACACCACCGCAGCACCGGAUGGCAUUGAACGCAUUAUCCUGUCAGUGAAUGGCUCCGUGCCUGGUCCAACCAUCAUUGCAGACUGGGGUGAUACAGUUGUGGUACAUGUUACCAACAAGCUAGAGAACAAUGGCACGGGUAUCCAUUUUCAUGGUAUCCGUCAAAACUAUACCAAUCAAAACGACGGCGUACCCAGCAUAACUCAAUGCCCUAUAGCCCCCGGCGAGUCCUACACAUAUACCUGGAAAGCUACACAGUAUGGUUCCUCAUGGUAUCAUUCACACUACUAUGUGCAAGCAUGGGACGGGGUAGCUGGCGGUAUUCUGAUCAAUGGCCCAGCCACAGGUGACUUCGACGAGGACCUGGGCGUGCUCUUCCUCAGUGACUGGAUGCACGAGACUGCCGACCAAGAAGUCAUUUCCGCUGAGCUCAACGGUCCCCCCACCCUCAAUGGUGGUCUUAUCAAUGGCACUAACCAGUACAACGACACAACCACGGGCACUGUUACUGGAUCUCGUUUUGAGACGACAUUUGUUGCUGACACCCGAUACCGCAUCCGUCUUGUAAGUGGAGCGGCCGACUCUCACUUCAGAUUCAGUAUCGACAACCAUACACUCGAGGUCAUUUCUGCCGAUUUCGUACCCAUUGUGCCUUAUGCAACGGAGUACGUGGACAUCAGUAUGGGCCAGCGAUACGAUGUUAUUGUUACAGCCAACGCUACAACCGACAACUACUGGAUGCGAGCCACCAUAGUGCAGGCCUGUAGCGAGAACGAUAGCCCAGACAACGUUCUAGGAAUUGUUCGAUAUGAUAGUACAUCGACCGUCGACCCUACGUCUACAGCAUGGUCAGGUGCCCUAGCUGCGGAUGCCACUUGCGCAGAUGAGGACAUGUCCAACCUAGUGCCGUACGUGGCCCUUGACGCGGCGGAGGAUCCCACGAACACGACCGACUUUACUGUGGCUCUCUACCAGUCAGGUGGCAUUGGCCUCUGGGAUAUGGGCGCUACAUCCUUUGUCAAUCAGUGGGACUACCCUUCGCUUAUGCAAAUCGACCAGGGAAACAAUACAUGGGGUACAUCGCAGAACGUCUAUGCAUACCCGGAAGCCAACGAGUGGGCGUAUAUGGUAAUUCAGACCAGCAACCAACAGCCACAUCCCAUGCACAUGCAUGGUCAUGACUUCUUUGUCUUGGGUCAGGGCGAUGGUACUUUUGACGCAACAACAGCUGACCUGUCAUACACUAACCCGCCGCGGCGCGACGUCGUUAUGCUCCCUGCUGAUGGUUAUGUUGUUAUUGCAUUCUACACUGACAAUCCAGGUGUGUGGCUGAUGCAUUGCCACAUUGCCUGGCACACGACCGAAGGUUUGGCAAUUCAAAUUCUGGAACGCGGGUCUGAGAUAUCAGCUCUUCUCGAUUCCUCCACGUUAAACUCAACGUGUACUUCAUGGGAUAGUUAUGCGUCAGAUGAUGAUAUGGAGCAGACUGACUCGGGUAUUUGA